UCAGGGCCAAGCUCACUACGUCUCCCGUGCGGCGAGGAGCCCCGGCCGGCUCCGGCAACGAAACCAGCUGUUAAUAUAUAAGGCUCGCGCACAAUGACCAACAAGGCCGCCACCGCCAGCAUCAUCGCCGCCGUGGGCGUCGUUGCCGUCAUCGGCACGAUCGCCGCGAUCACCACGUCCAAGAAGGCCAGCGACGACGGCGGCAACAUGUCCACCAGCAUCAAGCUCUCCCAGCUCUGCUCCUCCACGCUGUACCCGGCCAAGUGCGAGACCAGCCUCACCCCCGUCGUCAACGAGUCCUCCAACCCGGAGGAGGUCCUCCGGGCCGCGCUCCAGGUGGCCAUGAACGAGGUUGGCGCCGCCUUCGCCAAAUACACCGAAGUCGGCAAGGGCGCCGCCGACAACAUCACCUUGAGCGCCAUCGGCGAGUGCAAGAAGCUGCUCGACGACGCCAUCGUGGACCUGAAAGACAUGGCCGGCAUGAGGGCCGACCAGGUCGUCGGCCAGGUCAACGACCUCAGGGUCUGGCUCUCCGGCGUCAUGACCUAUAUCUACACCUGCGCCGAUGGCUUCGACAAGCCGGAGCUCAAGCAGGCCAUGGACAAGCUGCUGACCAACUCCACCGAGCUCAGCAGCAACGCCCUGGCUAUCAUCACCCGAGUCGGCCAGUUCCUGCAUCAAGGGCAAGACACCAAGAGUGGCUCCACCGGCGGAGGGAGCCGCCGACUUCUCGGGUGGUACCUGGGUGACGCGGACGAUGUGGAAAGCAGGCGCCGGCUUCUAGCCAUCGAUGCCAGGCUGGAUGAGAUCGCAGACGUUAGAGACGCGAGCCGGCGCCUCUUAUCGGAGACGAUGGACCAGAUCACUGAGAUGUCCCACGACGGUGAGCGCCACCUCCAAGACGUGAGAGACGCGAGCCGGCGCCUCUUAUCGGAGACGAUGGACCAAAUCGCUGAGAUGUCCCACGACGGUGAGCGCCACCUCCAAGACGUGAGAGACGCGAGCCGGCGCCUCUUAUCGGAGACGAUGGACCAAAUCGCUGAGAUGUCCCACGACGGUGAGCGCCACCUCCAAGACGUGAGAGACGCGAGCCGGCGCCUCUUAUCGGAGACGAUGGACCAAAUCACUGAGAUGUCCCACGACGGUGAGCGCCACCUCCAAGACGUGAGCACGCCCAACCCCACCGGAAACAUGAGCACGCCCAACCCCACCGGAAACGCGAGCAAGUCCAAGGUCAUGUCGUUCGGUGACGGCUCGUCGGCCUCGAUGUUCUUCGGCGUCUCCAACCUGACUAAGGAGGCCGACUUCGUCAGGCGCCGGCUGCUGAGCAUGUCAUUCAACGACGCGUCUUCCAAGAACAACGAGGUUAAACAAUAUGGUGAAGGCAACAAGCGAAGGCUCCUGAGUAUGUCGUUCAACGAUGCCUCUUCGGAGAACGAGGUUAAGCAGUACGGCGAAGGCAACAAGCGAAAGCUCCUCAACGACGCCUCAUCGGAGAAUGAAGUUAAGCAAUACGGCGAAGGCAACAAGCGAAAGCUCCUCAACGACGCCUCAUCGGAGAACGAGGUUAAGCAAUACGGCGAAGGCAAUAAACGAAAGCUCCUCAACGACGCCUCGUCAGAGAACGAGGUUAAGCAAUACGGCGAAGGCAAUAAACGAAAGCUCCUCAACGAUGCCUCGUCAGAGAACGAGGUUAAGCAAUACGGCGAAGGCAAUAAACGAAAGCUCCUCAACGACGCCUCGUCAGAGAACGAGGUUAAGCAAUACGGCGAAGGCAAUAAACGGAAGCUCCUCAACGACGCCUCGUCAGAGAACGAGGUUAAGCAAUAUGGUGAAGGUAACAAACGAAGGCUCAUGAGCAUGUCAUUCAAUGAUGCCUCGUCGGAGAGCGAGGUUAAGCAAUACGGCGAAGGCAACAGGCGAAAGCUCCUCGACGACACAUCGUCAGAGAACGAGGUUAAGCAAUACGGCGAAGGCAACAAGCGAAAGCUCCUCAACGACGCCUCGUCAGAGAACGAGGUUAAGCAAUACGGCGAAGGCAACAAGCGAAGACUCUUGAGCAUGUCGUUUAACGACGCCACCUCCGAGAACGAGGUUAAACAAUAUGGCGAAGGCAACAAGCGAAGACUCAUGAGCAUGUCGUUUAACGACGCCUCGUCGGAGAAUGAGGUUAAACAAUACGGCGAAGGCAACAGGCGAAGGCUCCUGUCCACCCAGAUGCAGAGCAUCGCCGACAUGUCGGCGCAGAUGAACCGCCGCCUCCUGGCGACGGAGCUCCCUGAGGACCUCGCCGGCAAACGUCAGCUGCUGUCUAACAAGCUCCUCAUGAUCAACGACGUGGCCAAGGAGGCCAACUGCCAGCUCGAGGCCAUCGCCAACGGCAGGUUCCCCGAGGAGGAGGAGGAUCGGAGGGUGCUGGCGACGGAGGUGAUCGGGACGAUCGACGACCUGCCCAACCACCACCGCCGCAACCUGCUGUCCGCCGGCGCGUUCCCGGAGUGGGUUUCGUCCCACGCCCGGAGGCUCCUCCAGUUUCCCGGCGUGCUGCAGAAGCCCAACGCGGUGGUGGCCGCUGACGGGAGCGGCAACUUCAAGACCAUCACGGAGGCCCUCGACUCCGUGCCCAAGAAGUCCACCGCCCGCUUCGUCAUCUACGUCAAGGCCGGCGACUACAAGGAGUACGUCACCGUCAACAAGGACCAGGCCAACAUCUUCAUGUACGGCGACGGGCCCACCAAGACCCGCGUCAUCGGCGACAAGAGCAACAAGGGAGGCUUCGCUACCAUUGCCACCCGCACCUUCUCGGCGGAAGGAAACGGGUUCAUCUGCAAGUCGAUGGGGUUCGUAAACACGGCGGGGCCGGACGGGCACCAGGCGGUGGCGCUGCACGUGCAGGGGGACAUGUCGGUGUUCUUCAACUGCAGGUUCGAGGGGUACCAGGACACGCUGUACGUGCACGCCAACCGGCAGUUCUUCCGAAACUGCGAGGUGCUGGGCACCAUCGACUUCAUCUUCGGCAACUCGGCGGCGGUGUUCCAGAACUGCCUCAUGACGGUGCGGAAGCCCAUGGACAACCAGGGCAACAUGGUGACCGCGCACGGCCGUACGGACCCCAACAUGCCCACCGGCAUUGUGCUCCAGGGGUGCAAGAUCGUGCCGGAGGAUGCGCUGUUCCCCGUCAGGACGACGAUCCCCAGCUACCUCGGCCGGCCGUGGAAGGAAUACGCCAGGACGGUGGUGAUGGAGAGCACCAUCGGCGAUCUCAUCAAGCCGGAGGGGUGGUCGGAAUGGAUGGGUGACCUCGGGCUCAAGACGCUCUACUACGCCGAGUACGCCAACACCGGGCCCGGCGCCGGGACAAGCAAGAGGGUGGCCUGGCCGGGGUACCGUGUCAUCGGACAGGCCGAGGCCACCAAGUUCACCGCCGGCGUGUUCAUCGACGGCAUGAGCUGGCUCAAGAACACCGGCACGCCUAACGUCAUGGGCUUCAUCAAAUGAUCCAGCCAGUUUGCCGGCCGUGUGCAUGCACGGUGCGUUGCGCAUCUUGCAUGCAUGCAUGCAUGCGCUUUGUCAGGCAUCGAUCCAUGGAAACGUGCGGUCCGGUGCAUGCUUGACAAGAUAUGGAGUUUUAGGAAGGAGACAUAAAGCAAGAUCAGUGUGUGUAUUAUUUGUACAGAAGUACAAAAACAGUUCAAACAAAAGAAGUUCACGUAAUUUACGCUCUUAUGUAAUGUAACUGAUUAGAACAUUUGAACAUGGCUUUAUGUAUGUUUUCCUUGUCUAGACUUAUGCUCUUUAAGAGC